AUGACUGAUACAGGGCAGGAAAACAGAUCACAUAGGCGCCGAGGGCUGUCAUCCCGCACCCUGCGGAAAAGAAGCAAGGUCACUCGGGCUUGCGACGCAUGCAAAUCGCGGAAGAAGGCAUGCAGCGGAGAUAUCCCAUGUAAAUUUUGCUUACGUAUCGGCACAAGUUGCACUUACAACGUCCCCUACCAUAGGGGUGCGGCUUCUUCCCCGCGACCAGCGACGGCACAACAGGGUGAAAGCACACGGGCGACGAGUCAGCCGCAGCCUACACCACAGUCAGAUCCUCUUCAGCCAAGCCCCGCAGCAACGGCCUCAACUGCAGAUGGCUCAAUUGAAAUUGGAGGACAGUAUAGGGGCCCAGCAUCUGCUCAUUCGUUUCUGGCCAGAGCUAUGAGAAACUUCCACGACCACCCUCUGGGUACGUCUCAAACGUCAUUGGCGCCAACGUGUGAGGAUGCUCAAGGAUCUAUCUUUUCAUACGGCGAUCGAAAGGCUCCAAGAAUCGAUCCAUCUCAAAUGAUUUGGCCUGACCGGAUGACGGUGAACAACCUAGUACAACGAUAUUUUGAAUUCGCGUCCCCGACAUACCGAAUAUUGCAUCAAGGGGUCGUGGAAGAAUGGAUUGGGCGACUUUUUAGUGAAGAGGUCGUUGCAAGUGCCAGAGAAAAUGUCAGUAGUACGGUCUUGCCUGAUUCCAAGGCGAUAAUACUCCUCAUAUGCGCUCUUGCCUCCUUGUCAUCGGCCUCCGAAGAAUCGAUAGAGCAUCAAGUGAGCCCGGGAGACAUGCAACAAUGUGAGGCAUAUUACCAAAUGGCGGAGCAAAUUCUUGCGAAGUCUACAGGAAUGCCGUCUUUGGAAUCAGUCCAGGCCCGAUUGCUCUCAGUUCUUUACCUUUUGGGUGCUUCACGAAUGAAUCAGGCCUGGUUCAAUUUCGGGCCCACCGUGCAACUUUUGAUGGCAAUUGGACUGCACAGAAAAAAAACGCAGUCUAGUUCAAGUCCGUCGAGUUUGGUGCUCCAUGAAUGCUCAAAGCGCGUCUUGUGGUGUUCGUUCACAUUGGAUCAGUAUCUAAGUCUCAUCCUGGGACGGCCAAGAUUGUUGCAUGAAGAGGAUAUUGAUCAAGAAUAUCCGUCCUUGGUGAACGACGAGAAUUUGAAUAUCAUCCAAUGCAGCCCACAUCCACUCAAGAACUGUCUAAUGGAUGCCACUGUGUGUCAUUCAAAGCUAUCGCGCAUUCUAGCUAGGGCUUCCCAAGAUCUAUAUUCCAUAAAGCCCAUUGAAAGAGACCAGGAAAUCAAAAGUGUUAGAAAAUUGAUGAGUCAAAUUGCUCAAUGGCAAUCUGAGCUUCCUCCAAUUUUCACAGACACGGUUUGCCCCAGCAGUUUGAUUACUGUUUUUAGAAGACAAUCAACAGUCAUCAGACUCGCUCGCUUCCAUGCUGUGAUGUUUGUAACGCGCCCAUUGCUCCUUUGGGAUUGUUCUCAUGAACCAGACUCUGCAGAGCUGAUACAGUUUCUUCAGUCUUGUGUCACAACCGCUCGCGAUACCCUCGAGGUGGUAUUGGAUCUCGUCAAAGACAACCAGCUUUUUCGCGCCUUUUGGUAUACUCAAUAUAUUGCAUUCAACGCUCUUUCAAUCAUCUAUAUCUAUUUGAUUCACUCCAACAAAAGGCGGAUUCCGCACAGUUGGUUAUUUUCACCUGGCUCGAGUACAACGGACGCAGAGACCCCUACGGUCGAGCAAAUGCAAUUAUAUAAAUUGGCCGAAAGAACCCAACAUUAUUUGGGUCAAGCGACGGAAAGAAAUGCUCUCGCGUGGAGAUAUACGCUUGUGCUCGAAGUCCUGAAGUCAGAAUAUAAAUCGCAACCUCAUCAUGAGCCUGGUGGAGAAGAGUAUCAACUUACUAAUAGACAGGAUCAAGCACCGGAAUAUUCUGCUUUAUCACAGUCCCAUUCUCUGGGCGGUGAAUUUCCUGUCGACGGCUUUAUGUCUGGACAGGGGCCAGUCGACUGGGAAACCCUUCAAGCGUCGAUCCUAGACCCAGAAGCCAAUAAUGAUUUCCAAGGCCGGACAUCACUUUAUACAGGAAUCGGCAAUCUUUUUCCUAUAUUGAAUCCGACGGAUGAUUUUUCUCUGGAUUUCUGGCCACAGCUGGAUCGCCUUCCAAUAUGUAAGUUGCACCAAUUGGUGGUUUGA